CACAACACUAGCAGACAGCAGGCAGAUGGGCGCGGCCCAUCAGCUGGAUUAUGGAACACUCGCACUGAGUGUUUUGUACUACAGCCACAUCUUUGGCUGUUUUCUCUUUCUUGCUUCGCCCAGGCAUUGCCGCUGAACUGCAGAAAAGCACUAGGCAGUGUGGCAGCAUUUGAAACGUUGAAUGGCUCGCGCUUGGAUAGCAGACAGCAGACGACACAGUCAUUUGUUCAACAUGACAGCGAACUUGAAAGGCAGUGAAGUCAUAGUUGUUUUUUGCUGAUUCGCCAGCCCUCUUCUCGUUCUAUAUUUUCUCUUUGAUUGAAAAUGACUCGUGGAUUUCCCCUAUUUUUAUGAGAGAAAGGACAGCCGUAUCUUCUUAAUACUUAAUUUAGCAAGAAACAAUUUUCCGUGCUCAAUUGCUGUGAACAGCCGACGCCGAAAUUAUGCAAGUUGUGUUAAUUUCCCAACACACGAACCAGUAAAUAAACUUGCUGAGUCAAAGAAUUUGAAGAGUAGCUAUGUCCUAUUAUAAUUUUGAUGGGGAGUUCCGGCGCAUGCCGCAGCAGUCCCUUGGAGGCGCUAGCAAAGUUGAGGACAGAGGUGAACUUAUUCGUAGAGCACAUUUUGAACGUCAAAAAAGAGAGGAACAAAGACGCAAGCUCAACAGUGUCAAAGUAAUCCAAGCAUUAGUUCGUAGUUUUCUGACAAGGACAAGUCAAAAACGGUCAAAACGAUCUGAAUUUGAUAGCUUAUUGUCGAGUUGUGGGAACAAUGUUGAUUGGAAGACUUUGUGUGGUCUCACUUCGCGAUUGCUAUUCUUUUACUCCCCAGAUGUAGAUGAGUCGAGGCUGUCGAGUAUUCUUGAAGCAUUGCUGAAACAAAAAGCUGCAGUUUAUGGAGCAGCUCUGAAAGCUGGUGACCCAUGGCAAUGGCGAUUGCGCCGCUUACUCUUAUUAAGUUUGCAGUAUGUAUGCUCAGCACGCUCAAAGGAUGCCAACACCUUUCCACUGAGAGUGAUAGAGGUAUUUACGUCAAUGGAUCAUGUCCAACAAGUCCUCGGUGCUCAUGGAGCUGUCCAGCAUAUGAGUAGUACUUAUUCCUUCCUUGUUGAGAAAGGUUAUAUGCAAUAUGUAAGAGAACUCCUUGAUAGCAGAACCCCGCCAUUACUUGAAUCCUCAACACAUCCUCCUACACCACUUGUUGGCUGUCUUCUAGAUAUGCUUGUCCGACCACUACAUUUGGUCUCUCAGACUACUGACCAUAACACUAGAGUGAUUUUAUUGAAAGGAUUCUGUGAGAGCAUACUCUGCCCCCAGCUUACAGAACCAAUCAAACUAUUUGUAUUGCCAGCCCUGUCUCAGCUCUCCAGUUUCCCAUUUGUUGCCCUGACAGAAGCACUCUGUUAUGAUCUCCGAACUGUGGUUCCAUUCACGUCAGUUCUGCUCUACUCCUUCUUGACGCUUGAUCCGUCUAAUCUUAGGCAAAAUGAAAUGAUGCCCAAACCAUUUCUUCAGAGCUAUCUUCAGAUUCUAGCAUCUCUAACUUCUAAAAUGAGUCAAGUGUUGCCACUUGCUGCCAAGCGGAAAGCUGAUGAUGAUUCAGACCAUGAUUCUGAUUGCGAAAUAGACAACAGGAGAAAAGGAGUGAACAAUGAGGAAAUCCAGGUGAUUGAAGAAUGUGUCUUCCUCAUCAAUAACCAAACAAGAGUGCAAACUUUACUGACUUCUUUAGAAGCUUGUGCAGGCGAUCCUUUAAUCCUGCAGCCUUUAUGUCAAGUUUGCCACAAUCUUCUUGUCUCACACCGAUCAGCUACUCAUCGCUACCGCAUUUUAAAUUUGUUGGCUCUGAGACCAUCAUUCUUGCGAGCAGUUUGGACUGCAGUUUUGGCAGUCACCCAGACAUCUAUUUUUGGAGAAGCCACUCCCUUACUAAAUGUAAUUGCAAGAGGUGUUCAGACUACGCCAGAUGAUUCUGUCAAGAUUGUCCCCCUGUUAGCUGUUUUUUGUUCACUGUAUACCAUGCUUCUGAUCACUCUGCAUGAUGCAGAGUUUUACUCUGAUCAAAUAAGUGCUUUGGGUGUGCCUCCUCAAAUUAUGCCAUUUACAUUAGAUGAAUUAAUUUUCAUAAGUCUUCGGCUGAAGGAAGUGAGCCUAGGCCUGGUCGAGCUUGCCUUUCCAGAAUCAAGGCCAUCUGUUCGGGAAGAUUAUCGCACAGCUGUGACCACUCUUCAUGACCAUCCCAUUGUAUCCCCUACUGCUCAAGACACUCAGAUGUGGUCACAUCUCUUCAAGGUGGUGGUUGGACUUGUACAACAACUUCAUGCACGUGAUUUGAGAAGACAGUUCUGUCCAACAGACCACUGGAUAUCAAAGCAAAUUGUCAUCCCAAUGGAAAAACCCAAAGACUUCAUAAUUCGUAGGCAACGGUUAAGAGCGUAUAGACCAUUCCAGACGAUCCGUGUCUUUACUCGCGACGAACUGGUUGACGGACCGCCUCUCACAACAAAAGAAGUCAGGGUUUUAACUAUUCUUAGGGAAUUACCAUUUUUAGUAGCCUUCCAGGAAAGAGUUCAGGUUUUCCAAUCUCUAGUUUAUAAAGACAAAGUAGAACACCAGGGAGAGGAUGUUCAGUUCCUCCUCGGUAGAAUUAUAAAUUUAAAUGUAAGAAGGUCCCAUUUAUACGAGGAUGCCUUUGACAAGCUCUCUCCUGAAAAUGAACCUGACCUGAGGCUCAAAAUGAGAGUGCAGUUAACUAAUGUUGCUGGAGCUGAAGAAGCUGGAGUUGAUGGUGGUGGACUCUUCAGAGAAUUUUUAUCUGAACUGUUGAAAACAGCCUUUGAUCCAAAUAGAGGCUUUUUUAGAACAACUAAUGACAAUUUAUUGUAUCCCAAUCCCAAUGUGCAUCUGAUUGUUGAAGAUUUUACACGUCACUACUAUUUUAUAGGUCGAGUUCUUGGAAAGUGCUUAUAUGAGAAUCUUUUAGUUGAAUUGCCCCUGGCAGAGUUUUUCUUAUCGAAACUUAUUGGAAGGAAUUCUGAUGUUGGUGUGCACCACCUGGCAUCACUUGAUCCUGUCAUGUACAAAAAUCUCCUUUUCCUCAAAAACUACAAGGAAGAUGUUGCUGAUCUGGGUCUUGAUUUCUCUGUUGUGAAUGAUGAGCUUGGUGAGACAAAGGUUGAGGAGCUUAAACCAGGAGGCUCAAAUAUUCCUGUAACAUCCGUUAAUCGAGUGGAAUACAUCCAUUUAAUGGCUGACUACAAAUUGAAUAAGCAAAUCCGAGCACAGUGUAAUGCUUUCCGGCAGGGGUUAGCAAAUGUUAUUCCUUUAGAAUGGAUUCAAAUGUUCAACAACAAGGAAGUACAAGUUCUUGUUUCUGGUGCAGAGAUUCCUGUGGAUGUGGAAGAUUUGAAAAAUCACACUAACUACACAGGUGGUUAUGAUACAAAUCAUGAGACAAUACGAUUGUUUUGGAAAGUUGUUCACAAUUUCACUGACAUCCAGCUUCGCCAACUUCUUAAAUUUGUUACAAGUUGCUCUAGACCUCCAUUGUUAGGUUUCAAGGAAUUGAAUCCUCCAUUUUGCAUUCAGCAUGGUGGAGGUGGUGAUAGAUUGCCAACAGCAUCAACAUGUAUGAACUUAUUAAAACUACCAGCUUUUGAAAAUGAAAAUCUUCUUCGCGAAAGGCUGUUGUAUGCCCUUCAGUCAAACGCAGGCUUCGAAUUGAGCUGAACAAAAAUUGAGGUCCUCAACAAAUACAGUAUGUUGAAAUCAUGUAGUCGAGUGAUGUUGGAUUUAUCAUCUCCUCAUUCAUGUUAGCAAACCACACAUGAGCAAAAAUGAUUUUGGUUUACAUUUAGUAGUGAAUGAAUCCUUGCAUCUUCCACUGGUUAAAUGUUGAACCAUAUUUGUCUGUUUUUUGACCAUGAUGAUUUUGUGCUUUUGUGAAAAUUGAACUAAUCUACUUCAAUGAGUUAGGAUUCCCUCUAGAAUUGUUCGCUUAUAGUGCACCAAUCAUUGGGCUCGAGGGCCUCUCCCCAAGUUUAUUUACUGAGGCCUUUCAGACCAUUUGUGGCAUAAAAGCCCAAUUCAUUUAAAAACAAACAAAAAAAAACUUGUUUUUUAAGUUUAAAAACCCAAUAAAAUUACUGUAGUCUUGGUGGGGGGUUGUACUUGACUGAAAUGAAAAACUGAAAAAAUGGACUAUCUUUCUAUUUUAACAAAAGCUUAAAUUACUUUCACUCUAAAAUCUACUUACCGUAUUUGAAAAUUUUAUCUUUUGAGUUUUUCUGACUGUUUGUCUUUCCUGUGAUAGAUUAUUGUUACUGUUCACUGUGCAAUCCAAGGAAAGUAAGAGGAAGGAAAUGAUUUUUUAGUUUUAUGUUGUUUUGAGGACUGUCUUGUACUGAAUUUAGGAAAUCAAAGUGUUGCAGCUGGUAGUUGUAUAGGAUUUCUUGGAUGAAAUCAUUUUUUACCUGCCAUUUUUGUGGUUAAAAUUUAUGUGUAACUGUGCCAACUGCUGUUCUUUGAACUGCUGACAGUAAUAUAUUGUUUGCUGCUGUCCUGUAUAUCGUCAAGUUUUAAAAGUGUGUCACAGUAUGGUGGCAAAAUUCUCUGAACUUACAAACUUAACUGCAAAGUUGUAAAAGUAUCGAAGUUCGAUAGCAUUCAAGUUUUAGAGUGGAAAUUCACUUGUGAGACAUUGUGAACCUCUCUUAUAACACGUACCGUACUUGUUGCUGAAGACAUUUCUCAACUUUGACUGAGUGGGAGUCUUGAAAUCUGUAGUGUUCUUAAUAAUAGCUUAGCAUUUUUAUCAGUGCGGUUUCCUCCUUUUCUUUUUGAGAUGGUUUUAGAAUUCCUUUUUUUUUCUGGUUAAUAUUGUUUGUUUUGAAACUCAACUGCACUGAUUAAGUGGUUAUGUGACUGCUCUGACUUCCCUUGCUUGUGUUAAUUGUAUAGCUUAUUCAGUUGAAAAUGUGUUGUUAUGGGAAACUUGAUUUUCUUACUAAGGAAUCAUGACGAUUGUUUAUGAGCUUUUGUUUGCAGCCGGCCAGUUUUGUAAGCUGUAAUCUUGUUUUAUAAAGAUUGUUUUGAAACAAAAUCGCUGAAUAUGUUUUGUGUCCUCUUGAAAUAUAAUCGUAAGAAAUCAGUUCAUAGAUAUUCUGAUGACUACAUUAGUAAAAUUUUUAUCUUUGUUUUUGUAUAUAUAGAAGUAAUGUAUUCUUCAGGAUACCUUUGUCUGUGGUAAUGUUCAUAGUAAUUUAAGUGAAAACAAGGGUGCCGAUGUGCUAGAUGUAGUGGUAACGAUGAAAUAAGUUAAAUUUUAUGAGAUGUCUACCUAUCUGGCAUAAAUGAGAGUACCUUCUCUUUCCAAUUAUGUUUCGAGGAUUGUGCAAUCUCUUGUGAAUUGCGUUUCUCUUUAUUGUUGCCUGAAAUUAUAUUUUUCAAAAACUACAA